GAAUUAAUUUAUCCAAAAUAUGAUUCUUUUUUUGGAGUUUCUUUUUUGUGAGGGGGUGAGGAAAUAGAAGUGUCGCGCUGUCGUUUUUUUAUUAUUCUGCGACGACUUAAAAUAAACAUAAUAUGUAUAUUGAAAUUGACGAGCCACAUAGUCUGGAGCGGGGCUGAAUAAGAAGAAGUCAAAAGAGAAAUGUAGAAUUGUAUAUAGAUUAUAUACAAGUUUCCAGUCAGUAUCUCUCUGACGGUUCUCCACUGAUGCUGUGUUGUGUUUCGAAAAAGGCCGCAGCAGGGGCGGACCUAGAACCCCCUUUGUUAGGUCUACGUUGUGGUAGAAUUAUUGCAAAUCGUGGCUCAUCAUUGCACGUGAAUAAUGCCGAAAAAUUCGCAAAUCCACAAACGUCUAAGGAGAAGGUCGAUUUAAAUCAUCAUGAAGAUGUGCCGUCCAUCCUUUUGCCGUGCGCGAUUUGCGCACGGACCUUUGCUCCAAAUUCACUGGAUAAACAUGCCAAGAUCUGCGAGAAAUCGUCCAUUAAAAAGAGAAAGCCCUUCGAUUCUGCCAAGCAGAGAAUCCAGGGCACCGAACUCGAAGAAUUUCUUCCAAAGCAAGAAAAUAAACGAUCUUAUCAGGACGAAAGGAUUGCUCGAUCAAAGUCCUCGUGGAAACAAACGCACGAUGAAUUUCUUCGUGCAAUUAGAGCAGCGCGCGGUGAACCUACUGAAAUUCAAACGAGACAAUCGACAAACCAAAUUACUUCCGGUGCACCAACAAGAGCAAAUGAAAAGGGUAUAUGUCCAACUUGUUGUCGGCAAUUUGGUAUCAAAGCUUAUGAACGUCAUGUGGCAUGGUGUAAGGAAAGAUCAACACGACUUCCUAUUAGUCCUGCGACAAAUGUUGCCAAAGAACGAUUGGAAGCACGAAUUAGAUAUCGAGCGCCAGCGUUAAAAAAUCGAAGACCCACAGUAAGGGAAAAAUAUAUGCCCGGUUCAACAUCUAAUUUGGGUUACACUGCCAAAGUCUCUACAUCCAAUCUAGCAAAUGCGAUUAAGCCCAGGGAAAGCGUGUCACUUCCCAACUGUAAUAAGAACACCGAAAAUUUACCAAAACACAAGCUAGCUACACGGAAAUCAAAUUCAAGUAAUAUUUCUAUUCCAACGGGUCCUCUUAAAUCGAGACCAGUAGAUCGAGCUAAUAGGUUCAUUCUUCCGGAUCGUCCAGCUUGGAAUAAUUAUGUUCGAAAGCAUCCGGAUUUUUUUAUGGUUCUUAAGGGUAGAACUUGCAGUAAUAAAACGUAUGAUCCUUUUCUCAUGGCCGAACAACAAAUGCAGGAUCUCUUGUCAGACACGAGUGAUCAAUUUUCAACAGACGGACAAUUAAAUCGACAAAAUUCCCUUCUUUUUCCUCUCACACAUUCAUCGGCAUUUGUCACAUAUCCCACAUCACAAUCAUUAACAACUUCUAUUGUUGAUUCAAUAAAAAAACGUGGUUCCGUAUUAGCUCCACCCAAUGAAUUUAACGAUGAUUUAACAUCGGAAUUUUCUGAGACAAAUUCAGAAAUUUUUCCCAACAAUCACAUGACACGCGAUAAAAUUAUCAAUUCAACAAAUAAAGAAAAAUCACAAGAUCACAUUUUAAAUCGACGUGUUAUUAUUGACAAAUCAAAAGCAAUUGAUAAUGAAAAUUUAGAUCGUAUUCGAAAUUCAUCAUCAUCAUCGUCAUUGGCUACAGUUGAUAAAACACGAAAAAUGCUUGAAAAAAUUCCAACACAAAAAAUUAAUCGUCCUCUAAUGAUUAAUAGAUCAAAUUCGGUUCGUGCAGUUUCGGCACCAAAAAUUCCUGAAAGAAAAAUUUCCUCAUCAUCAUCUAAUAGUAGUAGUAAAAAUAGUAGUAGCUAUACGAGUACAAUAAAUGGAAGUAAUUUGAGUUUAAAUUCGUGUGUUUCAUCGGACAUUGAUAUGAAACGUUCAAAUUCAAUGUUUGAUGAAUUGAUGAGCUCCUUUGAGGAGGAUAGCUCGACAAUUCUUCCAUCCUUAAAAUCCUUUCUUAAAAGUGAUCCUUUAUCCAUGUCUAGUCCGAUCCAGAGCAAUCUCAAACGAAAUGGCCAAAUUAGCGACGAUGAAUUGUCAUCAAUUGAUAGUUUCAAGAGGCAGGAUCACGGUAAACUCAGCGCAGAUUCUGCAUACAGCAGUUUAAAUCGAAAAUAUUACAACCAUGGACGCAGCACAAACGAUAUGGCGAGUCGUCUCGAUGAAGAUCCACCAGCACGAUAUCGAGAGGGCGAUUCACGAUUUUUAAAUAAAAGUAAAAUGUCCAAAUUCUGUCACGAGUGUGGUUCAAGAUUUCCAGAAAGUGCCAAGUUUUGUUGCGAAUGUGGUAUCAAAAGGCUUACCCUAAUGUGGAUUUGUAGAAGUUUGGAAAAUUUAUUUCGCUCAAGGCCCUUGUUUCAAACAUGUAUGAAUUCAACAAUUUCAAUUUCGAGAAAUCUUCAUAUGAAUAUUUCGACAGCGGAUAAAGCGGAAUGCAAAGUGGAUUCAAAUAGUGCUUAUACGACAGUGGAUCAUUGUUAUGAUUGUGUAAUUAUUGGUGCUGGUGGUGCUGGAUUGAGAGCAGCUUUUGGCUUAGGAAGUAAAGGAUAUCGUGUUGCUGUUAUCACAAAACUUUUUCCAACAAGAUCGCAUACAGUUGCGGCUCAAGGGGGAAUAAAUGCCGCUAUCAGUGCACAGCAUGAGGACAAUUGGCUUUAUCACAUGUACGACACUAUCAAAGGAUCCGAUUGGCUUGGCGAUCAGGAUGCAAUUCAUUUUUUGACACGCGAAGCACCAAAGGCCGUUUUUGAACUCGAAAAUUUUGGAUGUCCAUUUAGUCGUACGGAGGAAGGAAAAAUUUAUCAACGAGCUUUUGGUGGACAAACAUUAAAAUACGGCAAGGAAGGUCCUGCAUUUCGAACCUGUGCAGUUGCUGAUCGUACAGGACAUUCUGUUUUACAUACACUUUAUGGACAAAGUCUUAAAUACAGUGUAAAUUAUUUUGUCGAAUAUUUUGCACUCGAUCUUCUAUUUCACGGACAAUGUUGUAAAGGAGUUUUGGCAUUGGAAUUAGAGACUGGUCUUUUGCAUCGAUUUCGAGCUCAUCACACGAUAUUGGCAACUGGGGGGUCAGGACGAUGUUUUUUUUCUUGCACUGGUGCUCAUACGUGUACAGGUGAUGGAAUGGCUAUGGCUUCUAGAGCAGGUCUUCCUCUUCAGGAUAUGGAAUUUAUUCAGUUCCAUCCGACUGGAAUUUAUGGAAGUGGAGUACUAAUGACAGAAGGAUGCAGAGGUGAGGGUGGAAAAUUGGUGAAUUCAAAUGGAGAAUUUUUCAUGGAAAAUUAUGCACCAAUUGCCAAGGAUCUUGCAUCUCGUGACGUUGUUUCGCGGGCAAUUACAAUGGAAAUUUUGGAAGGAAGAGGAGUUGGAGAGAGAAAAGAUCACAUUUAUUUACAAAUGAAUCAUCUGCCAACUGAAGUGAUUCGAACAAAAUUGCCCGGUGUUUCUCAUUUAGCUUGGGUUUUUGCUGGUGUAAAUACUGAAAAGGAACCAGUUCCUGUUAUUCCAACUGUGCAUUACAACAUGGGAGGAAUUCCUACGAAUUACAAAACACAAGUUUUGACGAGGGAAAAUGAGGAGGAUAAACCUUUAGCAGGUCUGUGGGCAAUUGGCGAAAAUGCUUGUACUUCAGUUCAUGGAGCCAAUAGACUUGGGGCAAAUAGUCUUUUGGAAAUUGUUGUUUUUGGAAAAGCUGUCACUGAUGAAAUUGAAUUAUUGACGAAACCAGGUGAACGUCAUGAAGAAGCCUCGCCGAAUUUGGGAGAUGAAGUAAUUUCCCGAUUUGAUGCAACUCGUCAUUCAAAUGGUGAUAUACCAGUGGCAAUUUUACGCGACAAUAUGCAAAGAACAAUGCAAAAAUAUUGUGCAGUUUUUCGCACCUGUGAUGUCCUUCAAAGAGGAUGCAGGGAAAUAUCUCGAUUGUACAUGUGUGAUCUGCCAAAUAUUUGCAUUCAAGAUAAAUCUCUAAUUUGGAAUACUGAAUUAGUGGAAGCUUUGGAAUUGCAAAAUCUUCUACUUAAUUGUUUACAUACUGUCUACUCAGCAGAAAAUCGAAAGGAGAGUCGAGGAUCACAUGCCAGAGAUGAUUUUAAAACAAGAAUUGAUGAGUAUGAUUAUACGAAACAAAUUGAGGGUCAAGAAAAAUUACCAUUGGAUAAACAUUGGCGAAAACAUACUCUUUCAUGGGCUGCUGAUGAUGGUUCUAUCAGUAUUUCUUAUCGUCCUGUAAUUGAUACAACUUUGGAUGAAGAAGAAGCUCAACAUGUACCCCCAGCAAUUCGUACAUAUUGAAUUAAAUUUAGAAAAAUUUUAAAUGCAAUUUAAAAAAAACGCCUUUUUAUUAUAUUAUAAAGAAUCUUUCAUUUAAAAAAAAAAAAUCUAUAAGAAUUGAAACAUUUUAUUUAAUCAAAUACUAUUUGUCCACUUUAAUUUUAUUCAAGAUGAAUAAUUUUCAAUUUUAAUAAACAACUAAAUAAUUAAACAAAAAGAAUAACAUAUAUUACAAAUUUUUUUUAAAAUUUAAAAUUUUUGCCGCGUUCUUUUUUGCAGCGCAUGUGCGUGAUAAAAAUAAAAAAAUAAUAAUGGGCACUAAUUCAAUU